UCAAAAGACGUAUUUUUGCGAGUUAACCCAGGAGGAGAAAAAAAUAUAUAUCUAUUCUUGACCACAAUAAAGAUGGCGAAAUUUGCUUAGUGCUCGUGCUGCAUUGGGGUUACGCAGACCGGCGUGCUGCAAACCAGCUCGGGCAGCUCUAGGUAGGUUGUGGUUCUGCGAGCUGUAGAACGCAGACUUCGGCUGGGCGCUACUGAGGUUUUACCUUCGCUCCGCAAGAGCUUCGGGUUCUUCGGCCUGCCUUCAUUCGUUUUGGUGUCCAGAACCAGACUGACUGUCUUGCAGUUUGCUUUGCCCCCAUGUGUACCAGAAUCAGUGCUGCAUAGUUUGAACCUGAUAGGAUUGACUUUACAAUGAGACAUUUAAGUCACAUCUGCCAAGAAGUAUGAUUUGAAUGAAAUUUUAACUUAUACAAGUUUUCAGAUAUUUUUAAUCUGAGUUCUCAGCUGUCUGCAUUUAUUCAUUACCUGAGGGGUACAUGGCCCUGAAGGGGAGGGAUAAGAACUGCAGAUCUUAGAUGUUGUGAGAACCCACUACUGUAUAAUUAUACCUAUGAAAUCAUUCAUGUGCUGCCAGCCCCAAAGGGACCAUAAACCAGGGACUUUGAUAUCAUGCAGCAGAAGAGCAAAUUAUUUCUCCAAGCUUUGAAGUAUAGCAUUCCUCACCUUGGGAAAUGCAUACAGAAACAGCAUUUGAAUCACUGUAACUUCGCUGAUCAUUAUUACAGUAGAAUAAAAUUGAAAAUAUAUCAACAAACCAAGUGUCUGCAGAAUAAACCCAAGAUAUCAGAGUUAGCAAGAAACAUCCCAAGUCGGAGCUUCUCAUGUAAGGAAUUUCUGCCUACUAAACAAGAAAACGAAAAAUCCCUUUCAGAAAACAUGGAUGCAUUUGAAAAAGUGAGAACAAAAUUAGAAACACAGCCACAAGAAGAAUAUGAAAUCAUCAAUGCAGAGGUUAAACAUGGUGGUUUUGUUUAUUAUCAAGAAGGUUGCUGCUUGGUUCGUUCCAAAGAUGAAGAAGCAGACAGUGAUAAUUAUGAAGUUUUGUUCAAUUUGGAGGAACUUAAAUUAGACCAGCCCUUCAUUGAUAGUAUCAGAGUUGCUCCUGAUGAAAAAUAUGUAGCCGCCAAGAUAAGAACAGAAGAUUCUGAAGCAUCUACCUGUAUAGUUGUGAAGCUCAGUGAUCAGCCUCUAUUGGAAGCUUCUUUUCCAAAUGUGUCCAGUUUUGAAUGGGUAAAGGAUGAAGAAGAGGAAGAUGUUUUAUUCUACACCUUCCAGAGGAACCUUCGCUGUCAUGAUGUAUAUCGAGCCACUUUUGGUGAAAACAAACGUAAUGAACGUUUUUACACAGAAAAAGACCCAAGCUAUUUUGUUUUCCUUUAUCUUACAAAAGACAGUCGUUUCCUCACCAUAAAUAUCAUGAACAAGACUACUUCUGAAGUGUGGUUGAUAGAUGGCCUAAGCCCUUGGGAUCCACCAGUACUUAUCCAGAAGCGAAUACAUGGGGUUCUUUACUACGUUGAACACAGAGAUGAUGAAUUGUACAUUCUCACUAAUGUUGGCGAGCCUACAGAAUUCAAGCUAAUGAGAACAGCAGCUGAUACACCUGCUAUUAUGAAUUGGGAUUUAUUUUUCACAAUGAAGAGAAAUACCAAAGUUGUAGACUUGGACAUGUUUAAGGAUCACUGUGUUCUAUUCCUGAAGCACAGCAAUCUGCUUUAUGUUAAUGUGAUUGGUCUGGCUGAUGAUUCAGUUCGGUCUCUAAAGCUCCCUCCUUGGGCCUGUGGAUUCAUAAUGGAUACAAAUUCAGACCCAAAGAACUGUCCCUUUCAGCUUUGCUCUCCAAUACGUCCCCCAAAAUAUUACACAUAUAAGUUUGCUGAAGGCAAACUGUUUGAAGAAACUGGACAUGAAGACCCAAUCACAAAGACUAGUCGUGUUUUACGUCUAGAAGCCAAAAGCAAGGAUGGAAAAUUAGUGCCAAUGACCGUUUUCCACAAAACGGAUUCUGAGGACUUGCAGAAGAAACCUCUCCUGGUACAUGUGUAUGGAGCUUAUGGCAUGGAUUUGAAAAUGAAUUUCAGGCCUGAAAGGCGGGUGUUGGUGGAUGAUGGAUGGAUAUUAGCAUAUUGCCAUGUUCGGGGUGGUGGUGAAUUAGGCCUCCAGUGGCAUGCUGAUGGCCGUCUAACUAAAAAACUCCAUGGCCUUGCUGACUUAGAGGCUUGCAUUAAAACACUUCAUGGCCAAGGCUUUUCUCAGCCAAGUCUAACAGCCCUGACUGCUUUCAGUGCUGGAGGGGUGCUCGUGGGAGCAUUGUGUAAUUUUAAUCCAGACCUCCUGAGAGCUGUGACUUUGGAGGCACCUUUCUUGGAUGUUCUCAACACCAUGAUGGACACUACACUUCCUCUAACAUUAGAAGAAUUAGAAGAAUGGGGGAAUCCUUCAUCUGAUGAGAAACAUAAGAACUACAUAAAACGUUACUGUCCCUAUCAAAAUAUUAAACCUCAGCAUUACCCUUCAGUUCACAUCACAGCUUAUGAAAAUGAUGAACGUGUGCCUCUGAAAGGAAUUGUAAACUAUACUGAGAAACUCAAGGAAGCUAUUGCAGAGCAUGCUAAGAACGCCGGUGAAGGCUAUCAGUCACCCAAUAUUAUUUUAGACAUUCAGCCUGGAGGCAAUCAUGUGAUUGAGGAUUCUCACAAAAAGAUUACAGCCCAAAUUAAAUUCCUGUAUGAGGAACUUGGACUUGACAACACCAGUGUUUUCGAGAAUCUUAAGAAAUAUCUAAAAUUCUAAAAUGCUGUAUUUAAUGGGAGUUGGAAACACACUGAAAUAUGUCAUAGUCUUUUGGGUUAGCAAAAGUGAGAUUUUUAUUUUAAGUUACUAAAUAAUUUUUUUAAAUUUUCUUCUCUAGUGUACAUCUUGCUUACACUGUUCUCUCCUUGAUGUAUGUGCCCCUCAACCUAGGAGAGUAGUUUUCUAAUCAUGCUCCUUAGGACAUGGAGGAGAGGGGUGAAGGAAGGGUUGGUGACAGCAGAACUCUUCCCUCUUCCCAUCAAAACAGCGUUGUGUUUGCCUUUUUUACUGAGAUCUUUUUGAACAGUUUACAAAUCAGGGUCCUGCCUCCCUGCUAGUGACCAUUUUUAGACACUUUGGUGGUAAAUCAUCCUCUAGUUUCUGUGCUUGCAUUUUGUGAAUAAGAACAUUCUUCACAUUAAAAUUCAUUAGGUCUUUUGAAUCUGUUACGAUCAUCUCUAUUGAUGCUAUCUCAGUAAAGUUACAAGUUCCUACAAGAGAUAAUUUCCUUUAGACAUUUUUUUAUUCUUUAAAAACAUUUGACAACCUUUCCUAAAAGCAAUGCCAUUCAAGCUACAGAAAUAUCUAAUAAUUAAUGACUGUUGAUAAAGUUUACCCAGCAGCAUGGGUGUACAUGAAGUUACUGCAGAUGCUUAUAACAGGACAGAAAGCCAGUGUCUUCAUCUCUUUUAUAGAGGUGUCUAACACAAGCUGUACAGUAUGUUAAAUACACUGGAGUAGCAUGCCCGGUUGGAAACAAAACAUCUGUCUCUGAAGUCUGUUUGGAGAUGAAGGAGAUCCUUUGUGUUGUAUUCAAGGAUGAGUCCUUCUCCCUUGUCCAGUGUAAUGGCGUGCGUAUCAACUUCACUUCCUUUGUUGGCAGAGUUGGUACUUAACCUUAUCCUCGCUCUUGUGGGAAUUUUUGAAAUCACUUCCUUUAGAUUUAGCAGUGAUGAUUCUCCAAAAUUCAGAAUGAUGAGAAAGACUCUGUCUGUGCCAUCCAGCUCUCUUGUGUACACGACAGAGUGGUUUUCAGUCCUCAAAUAGCAGAACCAGCCCCUGCUGAGGAGCAGCUCAUUGGCAUGAAGCAAACUUAAUUCUUGGUAUAACUUUAAUGCUGAUCUGGGCAGAGUCUUUUGGACCUGGUUUAAAAAAAAAAAGUAUUAACAUAAAUGUUUGAUUCUAAGUUUUUUUUUUAGUAUCAAGAAAUUUCCCCAAAAAACUUGAUACAAUUUUGCCCCUUAAAAUAACUACUUCUACCAAAUCGUAAGUAUUAAUAAGUAUAUAAGAAUACUUUAUUUAACUGCUGAUAGAAAUUGGCAAAUGCACGAUUUCUCCUUGUCCGGAAGUCACUGCCAAAUGGAUAGUGCUCUGCUACAUCUUUGCCAGAGCUGAUGUGGAGACCGAAUUCGACUACACUUUAGGAAUCUCAAAACAAAUGUCCACGUCUAAGUUAAUGGAUAAUUAAUUUGCCUAAGUAAGUUCCUUUAUGCUAUAUUGUAACUGGCAGAAUAGCAGCCACGAUGGCCCCAAACUCUGAGAACUUCUGGUGAAUUGGGGCCUCUGUGUUCUCUUUUGUAGAAUAAUGUGUCCACACAUAUUUCUUGCAUAGCUAAUGAUGAACAGAAAGUUGCAGAAAAGGAUGCAAAGCAAAACGCUGUCUAAAGUGAAAGUAACUAUUCUUAAACCAUAAAAGUAAUACAUGUUCAUUAUAAGAACAUUUGGGUUUAUUUUACAACUAUAUAAACAACAGACAUAAUUUAAUAUUGUAUUUCUCUUGCUUCGUUCCCUUUAACAUCUUUUGUUAUCAUAUAAUCUCCAUAAAUGCAUUUUAAUGGCAGAGUAAGAUUCUGUUAAUGGUUUUACCAUACUUAACCAUUACCUUUCAUUUCAACAUUCAAUUUUCUCAUAUUCUUAGUGCCUCCUGCCUAUAUUUAAAUUAUUGAUUUAGGAUAUAAAUAUCAAAGACAGUUACUGUGUCAAAGAGUGUGGACACUUGAUAUAUAAUGCCAAAUUAUUCUUCAUAAGUGCUGUUGCCAAAUCAAUGAUAAUGUUCAUUUCAUUAUAUUCUUGCCAGCCGUGUUGACUGAGGUGGUUUUGGUGGUGGUUCUUUGGGGGCGGGUGCCUAAUGAAUAUCUAAUGAAUGUUUGAGAAGAUGUCUAUUCUCUAUUUACCAAGUACAAAAGUAUUUGUAGUGUAUGUAUAUGGUUUAUGUGUAUGACUUGUCAAAUUACUAUUAACAUAUUCUGUAGCCGUAGAUAAUGCAUGAAAAAACAUAGUUCAGUGCCACUCACAUAAGAAGUGCCCAAUAAGUGUUGUUAUUUUUGUCUAUUUGAUUUAUCACUUUCUAGAAGUAUGUUGAAGUGUCUCUCUGUGAUUGUGGAUUUGUUGUCUCUCUUUGCACUUCUCAGAAUACUUUUUUUUAUGUAUUUUGAAGUUAUUGUUAAAUGUGUAGAUUCAUGAUUUGUAGUGGAAUAUUCUUUUAUCAAUUUUUAAAAAUUGACCUUUGUCUCAUAAUGCUUUUCAUAUUGAAUUCUAUUUUGUCUGCUAUUAAGUAUUUCCACUCCUGCUUUUUGUAACUUUACUUUUUUAAAUAUGAAAUGCAUGUACACAGUAUAGGCAAACAUAUAAAAUAAAAAGGUUUUCUUCACCA